AUGCCUACCCGAUUCUCGCGCACCCGCAAGCACCGCGGACACGUCUCCGCCGGUCACGGACGUGUUGGCAAGCACCGCAAGCACCCCGGUGGUCGUGGUCUGGCCGGUGGUCAGCACCACCACCGCACUAACCUCGACAAGUACCAUCCCGGUUACUUCGGUAAGGUUGGUAUGCGUUACUUCCACAAGCAGCAAGCCCACUUCUGGAAGCCCGUCAUCAACCUGGACAAGCUCUGGACCCUCGUCCCCGCUGAGAAGCGCGAGGAGUACCUCGCUGGCAAGGGCGACAAGGUCCCCGUCAUCGACCUCCUCCCCUUCGGCUACUCCAAGGUCCUCGGCAAGGGCCGCCUCCCCGAGGUCCCCAUCGUCGUCAAGGCCCGCUGGGUCUCCAAGCUGGCCGAGAAGAAGAUCACUGAGGCCGGCGGUGUCGUUGAGCUCGUCGCAUAA